AUGGGGUCCGGGGACUGGUUCAAGACCAUCAUCAGCAAGAAGAAGUCGAAACGGGGCAAGUCAAAGCACGCAAAGAAGGUUGCUGCUCAACGCAAUGGAGCCAACCUGCCACAGCAAAAGCCCAGCAACGCUCCUUCUUCCAGCAGCGACCCUGAAGAUAAUGCAGCACUAGAAGAUUGGGCGGCUACUCGGAUUCAGAACGCGUUUCGAUUGUUACAGGCUGAGCUAAGAAACCGGCGUGCUUUCAUGGUCACUGAAGGGCGCAACAGGAAGAAGAAGCAAGAGAAUCAAGUCAAACUUGACGCGAAACUCCAGAAUCUGCAGGUUGCGUGGAAUGGAGGCUCGAAUACCAUGGAUGAAAUAGUUGCCAGGAUACAUCUAAGGGAAGAAGCAGCAGUAAAGCGUGAGCGAGCCAUGGCCUAUGCGUUUAACCAUCAGUGGAGGGCAAAGUCUGCCACAAGCCAAGGAAACUUCAACUAUGGGGUUGGGAACGGUGGCUGGGGCUGGAGCUGGAUGGACCGCUGGAUCGCCGCACGACCAUGGGAGCCCCGAUCCAUGGUCACCCCUGAAAACACCAAGAAGGGACAAUCAAAGAAGGACAACACCAGCACAAACCAGUCAGCUCUGAAGCUGCAAGGCGCAAUCAGUCUAAGCAACAACACCAGUGACCGGAAAGUUCCCAAGAACAAGUCAUCUCCCUCUCCUGACAAGAAGAAACCGGUAGCGAGAACGGAGCAGAAACCAGUAGCGAAAACAGAGCAGAAACCAAAGGCGGCCGGCCCUCCCAAGGCGAAGCCAAAGGACAUGAAGAGGAACCAGGAGAAGCAGCAACAACCCGCGGUGUCUGCGAUCACUGCUUGA